AUGUGUUCGAUUCUCCUGAUAGUUACAUUUGCCGUCGCCCUAUUCCUGGCUGCUCCGGGCGAUGGUCUAAUGCGCGUAGUUCUAGACUUUGAUCGCUAUGAAAUGUUCAAUGGGACGGACUUCUUCAACAUGGAAAAGUUUCGCGUGCGAAAGUUUAACCGAACGCUAUCCGUGAUGAACGGUACCGGUGUGCUGCUGGUCGAUCUGGAUAAUCGCUAUACGUUUGGAGUAGAUUUCGCACGCAGUGCACAGGGCAACAACCAGUUCCAGGCGUACCCGAUGAAGCUGGCAGCGAAACCGUUCUGUCAGUUUGUCAACCUAUACUAUCGCGAGUAUCAGCACCUGUUUCUGAAGUACACCAACCUACCGUUCGUACCACCGGAAGGGUUGUGUCCAUUUCCGAAUGGUUCAUACUGGGCGAAGGAUGCACACAUCGACUCGUCCGUUAUUCCGCUGGUAGUGCCGGAGGGGCUAUGGCGAUGUACGAUCGAUUUGGUCGAUACAGAGAACGGUGUGUUGGUUUCUCGUGCCUUCAUGUUCGUUCGACUCACCAAGGAGCUGACUUAGAGCACUACAAAUUUUCCAAAUUGAAAUUUCCUAAAUUAAUUUAUCAAAAUGAGUUUUAUUAUGUAUAUCAAUGUUGCCAGUCUAAUUUUUGCAAAGCAUAUUUUGAUUACAAUUCAAAGCACAAACUGCAAAAAGAAAAUCUAGAUCACAUUAGUGCAAAAGGGUAUGAAAAAUAAAAUUAUGAAUUUUCUAUGCAUUUAUUGUGUAAAUCUAAGAUAACUCAAGCUUUGCGAAAAGCUGUUUUUGAAAAACCAUAAAAAAUUCGAUUUUGCGUUAAAUUAUGUCUUAAUAUUAUUUUGUGGAAUUUUUUUUCGCAGAUAUAAUUGUUAGUUAAUUUUGUCCGAGGUUUAUGAUUAUAUCUAGACCGACAUAGUUUAUUGUUUAUCUAUUGAAACACAACAAAAUAUAAGCUACUGUUCAAGUUGCAGUUAUCAACAAUUGGAGUUAUAUACUAAAACAACGAAAUUAGCACAUUAAAACACCACAUUUGGCACUUAGCAUUUGGUAUCAUUCAAACUCAACAACCAAGCUAUGAAUUACUAUAAUUAGCUCAGCACAUGCGUGAUAUGAUUGUACCAACUUCAGAUAUACUCACACAUUUUGACAAAAAAUACAUUAUUUCAAUUUCCCUCUAAAUCGACUGUUCUAUACAAUCAGAAGACAUAAAUCAUGUCAAAUAUCCUGUUUUCAAUCUAUAAAAAACUUAAU